AUGAAUCAGCUAUUCCAACCGCUGUUAAGAAAAUGCGUUCUCGUUUUCUUUGACGAUAUUCUAGUGUAUAGCCCUUCAUGGCAGUCACAUUUGCAACAUGUAGAAAUUAUGUUCCAAAUUCUAAGUCAGAAUGUGUUAUUCGCCAAGUUAUCCAAAUGCUCAUUUGGUUUAUCCGAAGUGGAAUACCUCGGUCACAUCGUUUCUGGGGAUGGUGUAUCAAUGGUUAGCACAAAGGUUCAAGCUGUGCUAGAUUGGCUUAUUCCAACAAACUUGAAACAGUUGCGCAGAUUUCUUGGCCUCACCGGUUACUAUCGAAGAUUUAUCAAGUCUUAUGCAACCAUAGCCGGUUCCCUCACUAAUCUGUUAAAGAAAGACGCCUUUAGAUGGGAUGAAAACACUCAAAGAGAUUUUGAGCAAUUAAAAACGGCAAUCACUUCCGCACCUGUGUUAGUGUUACCAGAUUUCUCCUAA